CGGAUCUCGAAGACAGGGAAGGGGAUGGGGGGCCAAUGGGAGCCACCAUCAUUCUCACUCUUUCCCCUUCUCCUCUUCGUCCUCCUUCGUCUCCUCCUCCUCCUUCGCCCAUCCCCACCUCCCAAUCCUCUAAUGGCGGGCUCUUGAUCCUACUCUCCCAUUCCUCUCAACCAUAAUUUCACCAAUUCUCAUGGCCGGCUCUUCCUCCUCCUCUUCUUCCGGUUUCUUUUUGAUCUGUAUGCUUCAUUCGGCGAUUGCGGUGACUUGUGGGGCUCUGAUGAUGUUCUACCUCAACGAGAUCUCCGUCUUCGGGCAUGGCCGUGAGACGGCGACGAAGCUCCAGGGAUCGACGCCGCAUGAUCAGCUUCUGAUCCAGACCUCGGAUUCGUUUGCGGGGUUGUUGCUCUUCGUUAUUGGAUUCCUUCUCUUCAUGGUCGCCUUCGUCAAGGACCGUGACUUCCAGUCCUUCUUCGCCAAGGGCUGCGUGCUUCUCCAUGCCUCCAUGGCUCUCUGGCGUAUCUACUUCGAGCGCCGGCUUGAGGACCUCGCUCGUGACUGGCCGCGUCAGCUUGUUGGUGACCUCGUGCUCAGCCUCUCGUGGGUGCUCUUCCUUGUCUACUCUUGGAGAGAGAAGUAUGACUAGGAAUCUGGUUUAUUCUCGGCUAUUCAUAGGUAACCAGUUGUUUCUACUCGGAUUUGGUGAUUUAAUUCUUAUGCCAGUUUAAAGAAAGGUUUAUCUAAUUACAAAAAGUUUUCAGACAAUGUUAUUGUUUGACUUCUUACAAGUGCUGCUUGCCAUGUCUUUGUAAUUUUGCUUUGGUAUGUAAAGAAACAUUUAGACCUACUUUUCAAAAUCAUGUUCUUGGCACUGAUUGUUUAUCUUAUGCCAGAUUUUUAACCUCUUUAAGAAUCUCAGAAGCAAUCCCCUAAGAUGCAAUAUGCAAUUGGGUCCCACAUAAAAAGCACUAGAUUUCCUGAUUCAGUUCUAUUUUCUUACGUUUGGCUAAAUACAGAUGCCAAAUACAGAUGACAUUAUGUCAAAAUUUGUGCAUAUUUUUUGUGAGCUUCCUUCUUCAAUAUACAGGUUUUAUUUUUGUUUUGUGGCUUCACUUAAUAAAAAGCUUGGAGCAAAUAUUUUAUGAAGCAAUCUUCUAAGAUGCAAUAUGCAAUUUGGUCCCGCAUAAAAUGCACUGGAUUUCAGGAUUCAGUUAUAUUUUCUUACGUUUGGGUAAAUACAUAUUACAUUAUGUCAAAAUUUGUGCAUAUUUUUUGUGAGCUUCCUUCUUCAAUAUACAGUUUUUUUUAUCUUUGUUUUGUGGCUUUACUUAUUAAAAAGCUUGGAGAAAAUAUUAUAUGUUGAUACCUCUUCCCAUUUGGAUAGCAAAUAAAUGCUUGUAUUUCUUCUUGCAUUUUGGUUUUAUUAGUAUAUUGAAUAUCAUGAUUAUCAACUUGGGUGGUUGGUAUUAUUAAAUCUCCCACAUUGUUCAUUAUGUUAUGAGCAUUACUAUUGUCUAUUUGCUCAUAAGAAUUCAAAUUAUUGUCUGUGGUACUUUUAGUUUGUCAGGAAUUUCUUGCAUUAGUUGUAAUCUUCUCCUUCAACUAUUUUAAUGGUGAUUAAGCUUUUAACUUACCUCUUCACACGAAAUGGACUUCUAAAAAAAAUUGCUUUCUAUAUAUCUGUCAUUAUUUUCAGAUGGAUGUUAUCCUUCAUCUUUCAUGUCUAAUUUGCAUAUCUGCCUUUUCUCCAGCUACACCCUUUUGAUGCUAAAAAAUUCCAGCCUAGUUUUCUCUUCAUUUGUUCUAUCUGUGCUGUGAUAUUGAAUGUCCUGCUAUUUAAAGUACUAUAUAUAUAUUUUUUUCUUUAGUCUCUCUGGUCUAAUUGGAAAAAAUAUGUUUGAUGAUUUUUUUUUUUAAUUUUAGAUAUCUUGCUUCCACUUGCUUCAUUUAAUGUGAAAAUUCUCUGUAUAAUUGCAUUAUCAACAAGUGGAGUAAGAAAGCAUUUGCGAAAGUGCAUUUUUGGUCUCUGAACUAUCUCUCUUUAUUUGUUAAGGUUGAUGAGCCCAAGAACAUUACAAUUUGAUUCUUGAACAUAAGUGUUCAGGAACCUUUCUUAAACUAUGGAAAAUGUGAGGAGUUUUGGCCCUUAUUAGUAGCAAAGGUUAAUCCUUAAUGAUUAUUUUUUUUUUUGAGGAACCUUGAUGAAUAUAUGGGCAUAGUUUAUGGACCUAAAGUGCAUUUAUACUAAAAAAAUUUGAAUUGAUUUUAACCACUGAAUAUGGACUAUGGUAUAGUGUAGUUAUGGCUUAAAAA